AUGUCGCUCUCGCUCUGGCACGUUCCUCGCAUGAUGGAUCGUCUCGUGGACGACUGCAUCCACGAGAUGAACCACAGCAUUUUCCCAUACUGGAGGAAUGCUGACCAUUCCAUGCUCCAUGUUGGCAACGACACGCAACAGGUAAGAUCUACUAUCCUUCUAGAUGAUCGACGACGACAAGAAAUUCGCUGUGUCAUUGGACGUCUCGCAAUUCCGACCGGAAGACUUGAAGAUCUGGACUCCGUGCGCACGCAGCUCAGCGAUAAAGGGCAUCUGUGCGUUGAAGCUCCCAAGGCAGACCCGGAAAGAUCAAAUAGGCGCAAAAUUCCAAUCAUAGCUGCUCCAUCGAAGAAUUAG